CUGACAUGGAAGGAAAGUGCAAAAAUGUUUAUCUACAAAUUAGGAGACGAGAGUAUGGAGUGAAAAGGAGACCAAGAUCUAAAUUUGAGAUAUUGAAAACUCUUGUGUUAGACGAAAAUUAUGUGUACAAAGAAGUUUGGACAAAAUAUUCCAGCAAACACAUAAAGACUGAAGGAGGAAGAAUUUACUUUGAGAAUUACACAAAAUGUUAUGGUGGGUAUGGGAGGGAUAAUAGACCAGUACAUCUGCACUCUCUGUCUACCCCAGGGGAUCAGAAGAUUGAGACAGCAUUAGUAGCCUCCAUUCAGCCAGAGAAGUUAUCCUUGCCACAUAAAGGAGAACGACCAUCUUUGUUCUGCCUUGUGGGUAAAUGCUGGUUGAUGCGCUUUGACCUAAUCAGUGGACAGCUAUUGGAGGAAGUGUACUUGCUGCCUAGGACACAGUGUCAUUUUAGUGAUCUAAGUUGGAAUGAGCCCGGGGCUUCUAUUGUUUUAAGGUCCACUCACAAAGUUUCUGGCUGCAUAAGACAGGUUGAAGCUGAUCGUCCUAAUGUUGUCAAAGUCCUGGCACUGUUUGAUGUGUUUCCAGUCAAGUUCACCGGAAUGUUUGAAAUCACCAAGAAUGUGUUUGGGAAUGACACAGUGGACGCUAUGGCAUCUUGUGGUUUCUUGACCACCAUGCACCGGUCUGGAAUGGUCAAAAUUCACAGCAUGGAAUACAUUCUGCAGAAGUAUAAGCUGUAUGAGGCAGAACUUUACACAAAACUUCAAGACCAAGAUGAGAUAUGUGGAAAACAGCCAUGCGGUCUACCGUUAAACAUUAUCAUCAAAGAAGAACCACCAGUACUGUUCCAGGUCAGAUGUCAUCAGAACAAUUUGGAGGUGGGAGGAUGCCCCUGGCACUACAUGUACACACCCCCAAGGAAGGAGGGGUCCUUCCAUGUCAAGACUCUUGUUUCUGGACAACUUGCCAGGAAUGGGGUUCUGAAGUCGGAAAAACUUGGCCUUGAGGCAGACAGAGCGCUGUUUUGUACAGAUGAUACUGGCAGAAUUUUACAUAUCGACAGUAAUUCUGUCAGUGUUUACAGAAUAAAGGAGACAAAGUCUGCAGAAUCAGUGAUUGAGAAAUGUUUCUCUAUUAAUCUAGAGGAUAAGGAGAAGCCCCCUAUCACCCCCACCCCCACUGAUACAUACACCUCCUCAGGACGCCGCGUUGUAAGGAUCAGUUUCUUGUCAAUGAUCCCCAUGGAUGUGGAGCUCCCAAACUUGGUAACUGUCAAUCUGAUU